UUUUUUUUUUGAGGAAAUGAAAUAAUCCUACUUAUUACUCCUAAUCUCCUCUCUCUUUCUCUCUCUAUUAUAUAUACACAACAAUUCGUGCAACAACUCCACCUCCAAUAAUUUUCACUACCAAAAAAAGCCAACAAAAUUACAUUAAAAUAUUAAUCUUGCUUAUUAAUAUUAAUAAUAAUCCACCCUCCUUAAUUAAUUAACGCCUCAAAACUCUUGAUUUCUCCAGUUUUUCCUCGUUCAUCUUUCCUCAUGGUCCAAGAAGUGAAGAAUGAGAACAAGAGGGAGGUCACUUUGACAUAUCCACUCUCCCUAGAUGGAAAUUCCAAGAAUGAUUACAAGCCUCCCAAUGUUCUUCAAAUGGUUUUUAGUCUACUCAAUAAUGUUAGACCUGGAGCUGAUCUUACUCGUUUUCAGCUACCUCCAUUGUUUAACUUACCAAAAUCACACCUACAAUGCUAUGGAGAAUCAGUGUAUUGUGUGAACAAGGACAUGCUAAGCAAAUGUGCCAACGGAGAGACCACCGUUGAUCGGAUGAUCUCCGUCGUUGCGUGGAGCAUCUCAACCAUUCGUCCGUUGAUGUUCGGGGUUGCCCCUUACAACCCCAUUCUUGGUGAGACUCAUCAUGCGUCUAGAGGCACACUAAACGUCCUACUUGAACAAGUUUCUCACCACCCACCAGUAUCAGCAUUGCAUGCAACUGAUGAGACGAACGGUGUAGAACUCAUUUGGUGCCAACAUGCUGUUCCCAAGUUUCAGGGAACUACCAUAGAAACAGUGGUGCAUGGGAGAAGGAAGCUAAAUCUUGUAAAUAGGGGAGAAUGUUAUGUGAUGAAUGCUCCAAAAUUGUUGAUAAGAUUAUUGCCAAAGCUUGGAGUUGAUUGGGUAGGAAAUGUUAGAAUCAAGUGCCAAGAAACUAGUCUUGAAGCUGAAUUAUCCUUCAAAAGUGGUACAUUUUUAGGUUUUGGAGGCAGCAGAUCUGUUAAAGGAAAGAUCAUCGAUUCAUCUACUUUCAAGACAUUAUAUGAAAUUCAUGGCCAAUGGGACAGGAUUGUAAAUAUAACGGAUACCAUAGAUGGAAAAACUAAAGUCCUAUACGAUGCCAGAGAAGUUCUUUCUGCACUUCCCGCCUUAACCCUAAAGGAUCCAAAGGGAGUGUGGCAAAGUGAAUCAGGGGUAAUAUGGGGAGAAGUGAGUAAAGGAAUUCUAAGCAAAGAGUGGGACAAAGCAAGAGAAGCAAAGAGAACAGUUGAGGAGAGAGAAAGAGAACUCUUAAAACAAAGGAAGUCAGUGGGUGAAGAUUGGUUUCCAAAGCAUUUUGAUUUAUCUUAUUCCCCUGAAUUUGGUUGGGAAUGCACUCCUAAAGAAAAGACCAUUCCACCUGCUCCUAUUAUUUUCCCAAUUUAAUUUAACUUUUUUUUUAAUUUUUUUUUGGAUAAUGUUAAUGAUUAAAUGUAAUGGUAAUUUAGUUUAAUUACUCAAGUACUGUAUAAAUAUGUUAGAGCUAGUGUAAGUUUAAAAGACAAAUUGAAUAUUUUUUUUUUUUUUUUUGACAAAACAAAUUGAAUAAAAUUAGAGUUGAAGUGGAUGCAUGUA